UUACUUGCUUGCAUUUCAAACUGAUAUUUAACAUUGCCAUCUUGUAUGCAUCAAUGCUGUCAUGGGAAGACAUCAUUUACGACAAGAACAUGGACCUCGACAGCAUAGAGGGGCUAAAUGAAGUGCGUCCAGCUGUGUACCGUGCUGCUCUGAAGCUUCGCUCUCUGCAGAAACUAUGUCAGCUGCAUACUAUGACUCAGCCGGAGCUGAGCCUCGCUCUUCAAGUCUUUAGUCAGUCUGCCGACCUGCAAACACAGCUCUCCGCAGCCGAGGUGACACGGGGCCUGGGGCGACUUUUCCAGAGUGUGCCAGAGGAACUUCCUGCUCAGGUCGUGGCGGAUGCAAUCGACCAGACUACGAGAGUCCUCUUCAAGCUGUACGACAGGGAGCAGACAGGGACUGUGGCGCUCCAUUCAGUGGAAGCAGCCCUGACUGCCCUUUCUGGAGACCCACUCAUCGCCAAAUAUAGAGCUCUCUACCAGUUGGGGGAGAGCCUGAGUGGUCGUCUAGGCAACGAGAGCAGCACAGUGACCCGAAGUGGACUGAGGACUCUACUGCAUGACCUCAGCCAGGUGCCAGCUGUGGUGCAGGAGAGCCAUGUGUUCGGCCAUGUGGAGACCGCCGUCAGGUCAUGUUUCACUGGUGUGUUGACUGCAGGUGUGUGUGAGGAGGUCUUUGUCCGCUGGCUGCAUUCGGAGCCUCGUCUGCUGCUGUGGUUCUCUACCCUCUACCGGGUCUCCGCCAGUGAGGCCGUGGUACACGCCGUACGCUGCCGUGCCUGCAAGGCCUUCCCCAUCACCGGACUCAGAUAUCGCUGUCUGAAGUGUGUCAACCUGCACCUGUGUCAGACGUGUUUCCUGACGGAGAGGCGCAGCAAGAAGCACAAGCCCUCUCAUCCAGUCCUGGAGUUCUGUUCCCAGCCAACAUGGAAGGAGUCUUUAUCCUCUUUGGCAUCUAAUGCUCGCCAUGCCCUGCUGCCCCGACGCUACACGAGGAGGGAGGCGGAGAGGAGACGCAAGCUCAGCCGAGGGGAGGCCAGCAGUGAUCCAGCGCACAUCCCUCAUGCAGGGUCUCCUGCGGAUGAGAAGCAGCUGGGUGGUUUGCAGCCUUCCUGUGACUUGGUAAACACAGCCAGCUCAAUACCACCACCACCACCACCACCACCGCUUUCUCCAUCGCACUAUCCACCACCUCACCUGCCAUCCUCGGCCAGUUCUCCUCCACCUCCUCCCCAUCCUGCCUCGUCUUCCCCCCCGGCCUCUCCUCAGGUACAGGUGGAGUCCAAAGGCCUGCAGACCGAGGAGGACAUGCAGACUCAGAGGAAAACGUCCCUUCUCCAGAAAGACCUGCAGGUCACACAGCAGGUGAUGAAGGAUCUACAGAGAGAUAAGUGGCUGCUGCAGCAGGAGUUCCAGGUGUGGCGCGUGGCGGCCCAGUCGGAGCACGACUCCCUGGAGGACAGGUGUGCAGAGCUGGAGGCCACCAUGACGGCCCUCAACCAACACAACCACAGCCUGGAGAAGGAGCUCAGGAGACUACGACAGACUUUGAGCCAAAGAGGAGGGAACUCUGGCGGUGACAUACGUCCACCUUCCUCCCACGGGUCAUCAUCACUAGACGGUGGCGACGGUGCCGGAGGAUCUCUGAGUUCACGCUCGCAAAGCCCCGCCUCACAACCGCCAUCCAUCGAGGAGGACGGAGGAGAGACGAUACACCAUGAGCAGCCUGCACUGGAGAACCUGGAUGUGGAAGAUGACAAAGAGGAGGAGGAGGAG